CGCGGGUGGAGGAAGAGCCGCGGCGGCGGCAGCCAGGACAAUGGUGCUGGAUAAGGAGGACGGGAGGAAGUAAAGGCCUAACCUGGGCACCUGAGGCCACGACAACUGAGCGGUCCAGAGGCCAGCAACCGGGAGGCUGAGGAAGCUCAUUCUGCUUGGCCCCAGAGGGCAGAACCAGCACGAAUGAAUGGAAGUGGCGUCGAGGCAGAUUUGGGCUCCAUGUAAAGAAAAGCUUCCUAACAAUCAGCUGUCCUCAAUAUGGAAUCGACUGCCUCCGAAGGUGUGCCCAUGCUGUCCGUCCACCCCAAGGGGAAACAAAAAGGCUGUGCUGGCUGUAACCGGAAGAUCAAGGACCGCUAUCUCCUGAAGGCCCUGGACAAGUAUUGGCAUGAAGACUGUCUGAAGUGCGCCUGCUGUGACUGCCGGCUGGGAGAGGUGGGCUCCACACUCUACACCAAGGCCAACCUCAUUCUGUGCCGCCGGGACUACCUGAGGCUCUUUGGCACCACGGGGAAUUGCGCUGCCUGCAGCAAGCUGAUCCCGGCCUUCGAGAUGGUGAUGCGGGCACGGGACAACGUCUACCAUUUGGACUGCUUUGCCUGCCAGCUCUGCAACCAGAGAUUUUGCGUGGGAGACAAAUUUUUCCUGAAAAACAACAUGAUCUUGUGUCAGAUGGACUAUGAGGAGGGGCAGCUGAAUGGAAGUUUUGAAUCCCAGGUUCAGUAACCCCAUCCCUUCACCUGUCUGGGGGCCCUGGGCCGCACCCCGACGGGCAGCUCACCAGCCCGCUCUGGCUGCAGCGAGGGGGGUGGCCAUUGGCCUGGCUUGGCCUGCCCAUGAUCUUUUUAAAAUUCUCCAUCCACAGAGGGACGCCCCCUCCUCCGUGGUCCCAUGCCGUCCCUGCCCGGCACCAAGCAGUUACAGGUGUAGAUGUGCGGUUGUGCCCGUGUUCCUGAGCACUGCCUUGCCUUUCCCCGCCUCACCUACUUAGUCUGUGUGUGAGUCUCUGGGGGCCAGGCAGGGCCUGUACAGCCUGUCUUCUGUAUAUAAACUGGAACAUUUAUUUUAUGAGAAAUGUAAUGCAAUUUUAUUACUGGUGUGAAUUAAAAAAGUAUGAAUGUUU